AUGCGCUGCUGCCAAAUCGUCAUGGGCCCCGCGGGCACGGGCAAGUCGACCUACUGCAAGAACAUGCACGAGCACUGCGCCACGACCGGGCGCAUGACGUACGUCGUGAACCUCGACCCGGCGGCCGAGACCUUCGACUACCCCGUGGCCUUUGACAUUCGCGACCUGAUUUCGCUCGAGGAUGUCAUGGAAGAGCUUGGCUACGGCCCCAACGGCGGCCUCGUCUACUGCAUGGAGUACUUGAUCCAGAACCUCGACUGGCUCCAGGACCUUCUCGUCGAGUACAGCGACGACGACUACUUCAUCUUCGACUGCCCUGGCCAAAUUGAGCUCUACUCGCAUCUCCCGGUGAUGAAGUCGCUCUGCGCGGCCUUGGGCGACUGGGGCUUCUCGAUCUGCGGCGUCUACCUUAUCGACUCGCUUUUCAUUUCGGACCCGAGCAAGUUUAUCUCGGGCGUGCUCUGCUCGCUCUCGGCCAUGGUGCAGCUCGAGUUGCCCCAUGUCAACGUCUUGACCAAGUGCGACUUGGCCGACGAGCUCGAAAUCGAAAAGUACCUGGACCCGUCCUCGGGCUACCUUCUCGAGAGCUUGACGCAAGCGACGAACGACAAGUGGCAGCCAUUGAGCCGCGCCGUGUGCAACGUGAUCAACGACUACAGCAUGGUGGCCUUCGUACCCAUGAACAUUACGGACGAAGGCAGCAUGGACGUCGUCUUGCAGCACAUUGACCACGCGAUCAACUAUGGCGAAGACCUGGAGCCCAAGAGCGCUGCGUGGGAGGCCGAGCGCGCCGAGCUGCAGCAGCAGGUCCGCGUCCACAAGACCGAGGCCAGCGUCCUCGCCAAGCGCUUCCGCCUCCUCCAGCAGACGCUCCAGGAGCAGCAGGUCGUGCUCGAGAAGUACCAGCGGGCGCUGCGCCGCCUCCAGAAGGCCAAGAAGACGCCGCCGACGGAAACGACCACCCUGGAGCCGGCCAAGACAACGACGGCAGCCAACCCGACCGAGAUGGCGUUCCCCAAGCGAACCGAGACGAGCGCGCCACGACCAGCCGAGACAAAGGUCCCCAAGACCCUCCGCGCCCAGACGUUUGCAGCGAUCCGGCAAGCCGCGUCUCCUGGCCGCGACGUCCCUUUCAAGCGGAAGCGCACCCGCGACGAGGACGACUUGACAGCACCAGUACACCGUGCGAAGCCUUCAGCCCAUUCCUCCACAUCCUCGCGCCAUCGUCCAAGCACAGCUGCUCCGUCGUCCGCGCGGCCGUCACCACCUGCGCUACCGAGUACCGUGGCUGCACGUCCUGCGUACGAGAACGUGCAACGUCCGGAGAAUCGACCGACGACGACCGGCACCAAGCCAUAUGGGUAUAUCGAAGUCGUCCGGAAGCGCGACGAGCGGGCGGCGCUGCCCGGCCACGCAUGCUCGCAGUGCGCCGAGUACUUUGCCGCGCUCGGCGAAGGCUUUGAGGGCCAGCGCGACCUCUGCUCCAGGCACCGCGCGCGCUUUGAGCCCUACUCGACGCCCGAGGACUUUUGGCGCCUUACGUUUCCAGACUCGAUGUAAUCGCAC